AUGAAUUUUGAUAAUUUGCAAACAUGUGGAAGUGAACUCAAAAAACUAGAAAACCAUAAUUUUGCUAAGAAUGAUUCUCCAGAGAAUUCUUUGGUGGAAGACUUUGAUUUUGGUCUGAGGAGACAUACAUUCUCUUUAUAUUUUAUGGCAGCAAUAAAGUUUAUUAUAAAAAUGAGAAAGUCUUUUGGUAAUAUCUAAUAGAAAUCUAAAUAGCUCUAAAUAUAGUAGAUAUGA